AUGCCCGUACUUUUGGCAGCCGUGACACUGCCCAACGAGUCUGGAGCUCUUCUGAAUCUCAACUCGAAUGGCCAGUUCUUGCUGAGACUUUUCAGUCUUGGGCAGUAUCACGACCACCAAAGGCGCGCCGCCGCUGCGCUUCAAUCGAAUCAUGUGGAGAGGGCUAUAUCCCCUCUGCUCAAGUUCUCCCUUAAUCUCAGUAUCCGAAAAGUUGACGGGAACUCCUCGAACCACCGCGUGGAUGUUCCGUUCCGAAGGGAGAGGAAAAGUGUGAUGGGGCACUUCUUCCUCUCGGAACAGGCGAACAAUCUUACGAUUAGCGAAGCUCUGGGAGAAAAACCCCAAACAAACAAAAAUAACCCCUCAGCACCAUGGUGGAGUGACACUCUGGAAGAAUUUGUUGAAAGUAAAAACAGAGCCUAUAGGAAAUGGCUUGAUACAAAAAAUCCUCAGGACAGAGAAGAGUAUCUGGAAAAAAGAAGAGAAACCCAAAGAGAAAUCAGUAGAGCCGAAAACGAUUAUUGGGAAAAAACUUGCGAACAGGUGGACCGAUGUAUGGGUAACACAAGAGUUAACAGGGCCUGGAAAUUGAUCAUGCGGUCAAACAAAAAAGAUACUGCUGGACUUAGUCUCAUUAGUAUGAAUCAGUGGAUGAAGUAUUACAAAGAACUCUUAACUGAGGACGGUCUACAGUUUAUGGAGGAAGAAACCUCAGAGGUCCAUCAGGAGGAAUUUAUCCAAGAAGUGCCAGAUAUUACACCUCAAGAAAUUCGUGGAGCUCUUAAAAAUAUGAAAAAUGGCAAAGCUCCAGGGCCAGGAAACAUCAGUGUAGAAUUACUUAAUAAAGCAGCACCUGACAUAGUUCAGUCCAAAAUAGUUUUCAUGAAGGUUCCCGCAAAUCCAGAGGAUUGGAAAAAAGUUGCAAAUGGAUAUAAUACAAUGUGGAACUUCCCGAUGUGUAUAGGCAGUAUGGAUGGAAAACAUGUAAUCAUAGAAUCCCCAAAAUACAGUGGAAGUGAAUUCUUCAAUUAUAAAGGGACUUUUAGUAUUGUAUUGUUUGCCAUAGUCGAUGCCAGUUACAAUUUUAUUUUUGUUUACGUUGGGUGCCAGGGCCGAAUAUCAGACGGAGGAGUUUUCAAAAAUACUGGAUUUGCCAAAGCAUUGGAAAGAGAUAUGCUCAAUCUGCCACAAAAGGCGGCACUUUCUGGAAGAGAAAAACUGGUACCAUACGUCUUACUAGCAGACGAUGCAUUCCCCUUGUCACAAAAUAUAAUGAAGCCGUAUGCUGGGCACCAAGAACGUGGGUCAAGACAACGAAUUUUUAAUUACCGUCUAAGUAGAGCUCGAAGAGUCGUCGAGAACGUAUUCGGAAUACUAGCAUCUGUUUUUCGGGUCCUUCGCAAGCCUAUGUUACUAGAGCCGGACAAAGUGGAGAAAGUUGUUCAAACAUGUGUUUUGCUGCACAAUUAUUUACGUAGAGAUGUGGAAUCGAAAGAUAGAUAUACACCGCCAGGCUCCUUUGAUUUCGAACACUUAGAUUCUGGUACUGUAAGUGGAGGAUUGUGGAGAAAUGAUCCGGAACCAUGUCACUCACUUUUGCCUAUAAGACGAAUAGCAAGGAAACCAAUUCAAGAAGCCCGAGAAAUUAGAGACGAAUUCAGCGAAUAUUUCAUAUCGGACUUAGGACAAGUACCAUGGCAAUCACAGUCCCAGUCACCAGAAGAAGCAGUUGACGCAUUCAAAAAUGCCGUUUUGGAUCUGCCAGCAAACGAGUAG